UAUGUAAAAAUUUAGAUAAAAUUCGGAUUAAACUACUCUAAUUUUAUCUGAAUUCUAACCAGAUCAUUAAAAUUUAAUAGAAAUAUUUUAUUUCAAUGCUAAGACUAGCUUGGUGCCAAUUUAUUAUAUUUUUAUCAUUUGGAAAAUUUUGUUUACAAAAGCCCCAAAAAGUAAUUAUUUGAUGAAGCAAUAAGAGGUCGGCCACAUCAAAUUGAGUUUUUAUUUCAAGGAUAUCACUAUGAUUCAAGGAACUUGUAUUUGAUAAAUGAAAUAUGACUCUCAUUUAGAUUAAUGAUAUUAUUG